GAUGGCGGACACGGAGAGCAGCGUGGGGAAGCGGCCCAAGGGCUUGCAGGUUGAGGACAGGAAGGUGGACUGGCGGCGCUGGAAGCAGGAGAGAAAAGCAGAGAAGAAGAAAUGGAAGGAAUUGAAGCUGCUGAAGAAACUGGAGAAACAGCGGAUGCGAGAGCUGGCAGAACAACAAGCCCAGACGCAGGAGGAGCAGAAGGAAGACAGAGGCCGUCACCACACGCUGAGCGUGGCCCUGCCUGGCUCCAUCCUGAACAACGCGCAGUCGCUGGAGCUGCGCACGUACCUGGCGGGACAGAUCGGCCGGGCCUGCGCCAUCUUCUGCGUGGAUGAGAUCGUGGUGUUCGACGAGUGUGGAGAGGAUGUGAGGAGCGUGGAGGGGGAUUUUGAAGGCAUUGGGAGGAAAGGCAAGGCUUGUGUGCAGCUGGCUCGGAUCCUGCAGUACUUGGAGUGCCCUCAGUACUUGAGGAAAUCCUUUUUUCCAAAACACGCAGAUCUGCAGUUUGCAGGGCUGCUCAACCCCCUGGACAGCCCCCACCACAUGCGGGUGGAUGAGGACUUGGAGUACCGGGAGGGCGUCGUGCUGGAGAAGCCAGCGAAGCCAGGCAGAGGCUCUUUUGUUAACUGUGGGAUGAGGAAGGACGUGCGGAUUGACAAACAGCUGAACCCUGGUCUGCGGGUCACCGUGCACCUGGAGAAGCCCCAGAAUCCAGAAACCAAAGUGCAGAAAGGCACUGUGGUGUCCUCACAGCAUCCCCGGGAAGUCUCAGGCUUGUACUGGGGUUACAGUGUGCGCCUAGCCUCCUGCUUGAGUGCUGUCUUUUCUGAGUGCCCAUUCAAAGAAGGCUAUGAUCUCUCCAUUGGGACCUCAGAGCGGGGCAGCUCCGUGGACCAGGUCACUCUGCCCUCCUUCAGGCAUGCCCUUGUUGUAUUUGGAGGCCUUGAGGGCUUGGAAGCUGGGGUUGAUGUGGACCCAAACCUGGAGGUCACCGACCCAAGUGUCUUGUUUGACUUCUACGUGAAUACGUGUCCCAGCCAAGGCAGCAGAACCAUCCGUACAGAGGAAGCACUGCUGAUCUCUCUGUCUGCGCUGAGGCCACACCUCGAGGAGGCUGUGAAGACACCCAGAGACAGCUGAGGGAAGGGAAGCCACUAGACCUUGCCCUCGGGGAGGCAGCUCUUCAAAUGUGGGGUGCUGGGCAAGUCACUCCAGGAGCCUGGUGGGACCAAGGCACAGUGUGAUGGCAGCUGGCAGCGUUGUUCAGCUAGAAAUUCACUGCUGCUGGGAGCAGCAAGUCUGUGCCCUCCUGCUUGAGUGGUCCAACCAGGAGCUGGUUGGUGCUUCCCAGCAGCUGGCACAAGCCUGGCAGCGGGCUUGGUCUUAGCAACUCUGACAGCUGGGGUGGGAAUAAAGCAGUAUGGAAGCUCA